UGCAUUGAACGAGCGGGCGUGAGUGACAGGCUCCAGUAGUUCGCUCGGGCUCCGGUAUAUGGCUGUGGAUUAGCUAUAUGCUAAUAUCGAUUAAAGAGAGGAGCAGCAGCGUGGUGCUGCGAGCCGACAGUGGAGGCUACCCGAGUCUGAGCAGGCUCCUCAACAGCCAUGGCUGAAGGUGGUGAAGGGGAAGAUGAAAUUCAGUUCUUGAGAACUGAUGAUGAAGUGGUGCUCCAGUGUGUCGCCUGCAUCCACAAGGAGAAUCGCAAGUUCUGCCUGACCGCAGAGGGGCUCGGCAAUCGACUGUGCUACCUGGAACCCACAUCAGAGGCAAAGUAUGUCCCUCCAGACCUGUGCAUCUGUAACUUUGUGCUGGAGCAGUCUCUCUCUGUGCGGGCCCUGCAGGAGAUGCUGGCUAAGACUGGCCAGAACAGUGAGGGGGCGGCCCAGGGGGGUGGACACAGGACACUUCUGUAUGGACACGCUAUCCUCCUGCGGCACUCCUUCAGCGCUAUGUAUCUGACCUGUUUAAAGACAUCAAGGUCACAGACAGAUAAGCUGUCCUUUGAUGUGGGACUGCAGGAGGACUCAACAGGUGAGGCCUGUUGGUGGACCAUCCAUCCUGCCUCCAAACAGAGGUCAGAGGGUGAGAAGGUGCGCAUCGGUGAUGACCUCAUCCUCGUCAGCGUGUCAUCAGAACGAUACCUUCACCUGUCCAUCUCCAAUGGCAACAUCCAGGUGGACGCGUCCUUCAUGCAGACUCUGUGGAACGUCCACCCCACCUGCUCAGGCAGCAACGUGGAGGAGGGUUAUCUGCUGGGUGGCCAUGUGUUGCGUCUGUUCCACGGUCAUGAUGAAGUUCUGACCAUCCCAGGUUCCGACCAGAGUGAUGAGCAACAGAGGAUAGUGAACUAUGAGACGGGGAAUGCAGGAGCCAAGGCCAGGUCUCUGUGGAGGCUGGAGCCUCUGAGAAUCAGCUGGAGCGGGAGUCACAUUCGCUGGGGCCAGCCCUUCCGUCUCCGCCACCUCACCACGGGGCACUACCUGGCCCUGACAGAGGAGAGGGGGGUGGUGCUGCAGGAUCGGGAGAAGUCUGACACAUCCUCCACCUCCUUCUGCUUUAGAGCCUCCAAGGAAAAGCUGGAGUCGAGUCCAAAGCGGGACAUGGAGGGCAUGGGGACGGCAGACAUUAAGUAUGGGGACUCAAUCUGCUUCGUCAUGCAUGCGGCCACGGGACUCUGGCUAUCCUACCAGGCGCCUGAUGUAAAAUCAUCUCGCCUGGGCCCUCUCAAGAGACGGGCUUUCCUCCACUCUGAGGGUCAUAUGGAUGAUGGUCUGACCUUGCAGCGGUGUCAGCACGAAGAGUCCCGCGCUGCUCGCAUAAUCCGUAACACCACCCGCCUCUUCAGCCACUUCAUCAGAGACCUAGACUGUCUUGGGGGUAAGAACCGUGCGUCAGUAGCCCUGCCCAUCGAGGAGGUCCUCCAGACCCUCUACGACCUCAUCACCUACUUCCAGCUGCCUUACGCUGAGCUGGAGCACGAGGAGAAGCAGAUCAUGCUGCGCUCGCUCAAGAACCGACAGAACCUCUUCAAACAGGAAGGCAUGCUGACUCUGGUGUCCUGCUGCAUCGACCGUCUCAACGUGUACAACAGUGCAGCCCACUUUGGGGAGUGUGCCGGGGCAGAGGCUGGGGCUUCCUGGAAGGAAAUCCUCAACCUGCUCUAUGAGCUGCUGGCGGCGCUGAUCCGAGGCAACAGGAACAACUGCACCCAGUUCUCCAACAACCUUGACUGGCUGGUCAGCAAGCUGGAGAGACUGGAGUCCUCCUCAGGCAUACUGGAGGUUCUCCACUGCAUUCUAACUGAGAGCCCGGAGGCUUUAAAUAUCAUCCAGAGAGGACACAUCAAGUCCAUCAUCUCCCUGCUCUACAAACAUGGACGCAACCACAAGAUUCUGGAUGUGCUUUGCUCCCUCUGUGUGUGUAACGGGGUGGCUGUAAGAGCCAAUCAGAAUCUCAUCUGCGAUCACUUGCUCCCUAAAAGAGAUCUGCUUCUCCAGACCCGAUUGGUCAAUGACGUCCAAAGCAUGAGGCCCAACAUCUUCCUGGGAGUGAGUGAGGGCUCGGCCCAGUAUAAGAAGUGGUACUACGAGCUGAUGAUUGACCAGGUGGACCACUUCUUGACCAGCGACCCCUCUCACCUGCGUGUGGGCUGGGCCACCAACAAGGGUUACGCCCCUUACCCUGGUGGAGGGGAGGGCUGGGGGGGCAACGGGGUGGGGGACGACCUCUACUCAUACGGCUUUGACGGACUUCAUCUCUGGUCAGGUCGUAUCUCCCGGGCAGUGGCUUCUAUUAACCAACACAUCCUGACCUCUGAGGAUGUGGUGAGCUGUUGUCUGGACCUGGGAGCUCCCAGCAUCUCCUUCAGGAUCAAUGGACAGCCCGUACAGGGCAUGUUCGAGAACUUCAACAUCGAUGGACUCUUCUUCCCUGUUGUCAGCUUCUCUGCUGGCGUCAAGGUGCGUUUCCUGUUGGGCGGUCGUCAUGGCGACUUCAAGUUCCUGCCUCCGUCAGGCUACGCUCCGUGUUACGAGGCCCUGCUCCCUAAGGAGAAGAUGAAGGUGGAGCCAGUGAAGGAGUACAAGAGGGACAUGGAGGGGGUCCGAGACCUGCUGGGGACCACACAGUUCAUGUCCCAGGCCUCCUUCAUACCCACCCCUGUGGAGACCAGCCAGAUCGUCAUGCCGCCAUACCUGGAGAAGGUCCGGGACAGACUGGCUGAGAAUAUCCACGAGCUGUGGGGCAUGAACAAGAUAGAACUGGGCUGGUCUUAUGGGAAGAUAAGGGAGGACAAUAAGCGCCAUCACCCCUGCCUCGUGGAUUUUUCCAAACUGCCUGAAACGGAAAAGAAUUACAACCUGCAGAUGUCAACUGAAACCUUGAAGACCCUGCUGGCAUUAGGCUGCCAUGUUGUCCAGGUCAACGCCAACGCUGAAGAGGACCUGAAGAAGAUCAAACUCCCCAAAAACUACAUGAUGUCGAAUGGUUACAAGCCCACACCGCUGGAGCUAUCUGACGUGAAACUGACCCCAGGUCAGGAGCUCCUGGUGGAUAAACUGGCAGAGAACGCCCACAACGUCUGGGCCAAGGACAGGAUCAAACAAGGUUGGACCUACGGCAUUCAGCAGGAUGUGAAGAGUAAGCGGAACCCUCGCCUGGUGCCAUAUACUUUAUUAGACGAGCGCACUAAGAAGUCCAACAGGGACAGCCUACGUGAGGCCAUCCGCACUCUGAUUGGAUACGGAUACAACAUCGAACCUCCAGACCAGGAGGGCGGCCACGUGGUGGAGAGACUGAGCAUCGACAAAAUACGCUUCUUCCGCGUGGAGAGGACGUAUGCGGUGCUGACAGGGAAGUGGUACUUUGAGUUUGAAGCGGUUACGGGAGGAGACAUGCGUGUGGGCUGGGCCAGACCUGGAUGUAAGCCUGAUGUAGAGCUGGGUACUGAUGAACUGGCCUUCGUCUUCGAUGGAUACAAGGGUCACCGUCUGAACAUGGGCAGCCGUUUCUUUGGGCGGUGUUGGCACGCGGGGGAUGUGGUGGGCUGCAUGAUCAACAUGGAGGACAAGUCUAUGAUCUUCACCCUCAACGGAGAGAUCCUCAUCACCAACAAGGGCUCCGAGCUCUGCUUCGCCGACUUCGAGACGGAGGACGGUUUUAUCCCAGUGUGUAGUCUGGGCCUGUCCCAGGUGGGUCGUAUGAACCUGGGGAAGGAUGCCAGUACCUUUAAGUACUACACCAUGUGUGGUCUCCAGGAGGGCUUUGAACCCUUUUCCGUCAACAUGAACCGUGAGGUCACCAUGUGGUUCAGCAAGCGCCUCCCCACCUUUUUCAAUGUGCCAAAGAACCACAACCACAUAAUGGUGACCAGAAUAGAUGGCACCAUCGACAGCCCCCCCUGUCUGAAGGUGAGCCACAGGACAUUUGGGACCCAGAACAGUAAUGGUGACAUGGUGUACUGUCGUCUGAGCAUGCCCGUGGAGUUCCACUCCUUCUUCAAGACCAGCCCUGUCAUUGACAUGAACGGAGUGCACGAAGAGCACGAGUCCCUCAAACUCAAACACAGACAUCCACUGAAGUCCAUGAGACACAGUCAUGACGGAAUAAAAGGAACAGAUUACAGCAACAUCACCAUGUACUACUACUCAGUCAGGGUGUUCGCUGGUCAGGAUCCAUCCUGCGUUUGGGUGGGCUGGGUCACCCCUGACUACCAUUACUAUAGCAACCACUUCAACCUCAGUAAGAACCGAACGGUGACGGUUACCCUUGGAGAUGAGCGUGGGCGGGUCCACGAGAGUGUGAGGAGGAGUAACUGCUACAUGGUGUGGGGAGGGGAUGCCACCAGCUCAGGCCACUCGUCCAGUCGCAGUAAUGUGGACCUGGAGAUAGGCUGCCUCAUUGACCUGGCCACUGGCCUGGUGACCUUCACUGUCAAUGGCAAGGAGCUGGCCACCUCCUACCAGGUGGAACCCAACACAAAGCUGUUUCCUGCUGUGUUUGUGCGACCGACCAGCCCCAAUCUCUUCCAGUUUGAGCUGGCCAAGAUAAAGAACACCAUGCCUCUAUCGGCUGCCAUCUUUAAGAGUGAGCAUAAGAACCCAGUGCCUCAGUGCCCUCCGAGGCUGGACGUCCAGACCAUCAACUCAGUGCUGUGGAGCCGCAUGCCCAACACCUUCCUAAAGGUGGAGACAGCCAGGGUCAGUGAGAGACACGGCUGGGUGGUGCAGUGUCUGGAGCCCCUGCAGAUGCUGGCUGUGCACAUACCUGAGGAGAACAGGUGUGUUGACAUCAUGGAGCUGUCUGAGCAGGGGGACCUGAGGAAGUUCCACUACCACACUCUGAAGCUCUACUGUGCCCUGUGUGCACUGGGCAAUACCCGUGUAGCACACGCCCUCUGCAGCCACCUAGACCAAUCCCAGCUGCUCGACACCAUCGACAACCAGUAUCUGUCGGGCAUGCUGCGUGAGGGCUUCUACAACGUCCUGAUUAGUGUUCAUCUGGAGACGGCCAAGGAGGCCCGCCUCAUGAUGAACAACGAGUUCAUCAUCCCCGUCACCGCCGAGACUCGCAGUAUCCGCCUGUUCUCUGAUGCCUCCAAGCACCACUCUCCUCCCGGCGUGGGCCUCAGCACCUCCCUGAAGCCCCGGCUCAACUUCUACCCUCCCUGUUUCAUCAGCACCAAGAGGGAGCAGCACCUGUACAGCCCCCAGAUCCCCCUGGAUGCCCUGAAGGAGAAGGCCAUCACCAUGCUGACCGAGGCCGUGCAGGGCGGUGGGCAUCACAUCAGAGACCCUGUAGGGGGCAGCGUAGAGUACCAGUUUGUGCCCAUCCUGAGGCUGAUUGGCACGCUGCUCACCAUGGGCGUGCUGGGCAGUCAGGACGUCCAUAAGAUCCUGCUGCUCAUCGACCCCAACGUGUUUGUGGAGCACCACGAGGAGGCGGCCGCCGCAGUGAUGGAGGCCACGGAGAAGGAGGGGCUGACAGGUGCCGAGGAGAAGGUGGUGGAGGCUGGGGAGGAGGAGGUGGCCAAAGAUGCCAAGCAGCCAAUUAAAGGUCUACUGGAGAAGAGGCUGCCUGAGCCAGUCAAACGACAGAUGUGUGAGCUUCUGCACUACUUCUGUGACUGUGAGCUGAAGCAUCGCAUUGAGGCCAUCGUGUCCUUCUCAGACAGCUUUGUCUCCAAGCUGCAGUACAACCAGAAGUUCAGGUACAACGAGCUGAUGCUGGCCCUCAACAUGUCUGCUGCUGUCACCGCCAAGAAGACCAAGGAGUUCCGGUCCCCUCCCCAAGAACAGAUUAACAUGCUGUUGAACUUCAGUACGGGGGAGGACUGCCCGUGUCCAGAAGACAUUCAGGAGGAGCUCUAUGACUUCCACAACGAGCUGCGGCUCCACUGUGGAAUCCCUAUGGAGGAAGAUGAUGAGGAGCAGGACACGUCUAUUAAAGGUCGUCUGCUGGCCCUGGUCUACAAGAUCAAAGGUCAACCUCUGAAGACUGAAGAGGAGCCCACAGAGCAGGAACAACAAGCGCCCUCCAACCUGAAGGAGUUGAUCUCCCAGACCAUGGUGAGCUGGGCUCAGGAGUGCCACAUCCAGGACCCGGAGCUGGUUAGAGUGAUGUUCAGCCUGCUGAGGAGACAGUAUGACAGCAUUGGAGAGCUGCUCCGGGCCAUGAGGAAAAGCUACACUAUCAGUGCUGCCUCUAUACAGGACACCAUCAACCUGCUGGCCUCUCUGGGUCAGAUCAGAUCACUGUUGUCCGUACGCAUGGGCAAGGAGGAGGAGAAACUCAUGAUCGACGGACUGGGUGACAUCAUGAACAAUAAGAUAUUCUACCAGCACCCCAACCUGAUGCGUGUUCUAGGCAUGCAUGAGACGGUGAUGGAGGUGAUGGUCAACGUGCUGGGAGGAGGCAAGUCCCAGGAGAUAGCUUUCCCCAAGAUGGUGGCCAGCUGCUGUCGCUUCCUGUGUUACUUCUGCAGGAUCAGUCGUCAGAACCAGAAGGCCAUGUUUGACCACCUCAGCUACCUUCUGGAGAACAGCAGCGUGGGCCUGGCAUCCCCAGCCAUGAGGGGCUCCACUCCUCUAGACGUGGCUGCCUCUUCUGUGAUGGACAACAACGGCCUGGCCUUGGCCCUGGAGGAGCCCGACCUGGAUAAGGUGGUGACGUACCUAGCAGGCUGUGGGCUCCAGAGCUGUCCCAUGCUGCUGGACAAAGGUUACCCUGACAUCGGCUGGAACCCCAUUGAGGGCGAGCGCUACCUCUCCUUCCUGCGCUUCGCUGUCUUUGUCAAUGGUGAGAGUGUGGAGGAGAACUCUAGUGUGGUGGUGAAGCUACUGAUCAGGCGUCCAGAGUGUUUUGGCCCGGCCCUGAGAGGAGAGGGGGGUAACGGGCUGCUGGCAGCCAUGAAAGAGGCCAUCAAGAUCUCAGAUAACCCUGCUUUGGACCUGCCCUCCUCCGCCCAGGGGGUCAGCUCUGACGCGUCUGCUGAGGAUGAUGAGGAGGAAGAGGUGGUGCAUAUGGGCAAUGCCAUCAUGUCCUUCUACUCUGCCCUCAUCGACCUACUGGGACGCUGUGCUCCAGAGAUGCAUUUGAUCAACAAGGGUAAAGGGGAGGCCCUGCGUAUCCGUGCCAUCCUGCGCUCCCUAGUGCCCACUGAAGACCUGGUGGGCAUCAUCAGCAUACCCCUCAAAAUGCCUGUCGUCCACAAAGACGGCACUGUGACAGAGCCUGAUAUGGCAGCCAGUUUCUGCCCGGACCAUAAGGCCCCCAUGGUGCUGUUCCUGGACCGGGUCUAUGGUAUCGAGGACCAAAGCUUCCUACUUCAGCUGUUGGAUGUGGGCUUCCUGCCCGACCUGCAAGCCUCUGCUUCUCUGGACACGGAGGUACUCAGCACCACAGAGACAGCUCUGGCCAUGAACAGGUACAUCGGCUCUGCCAUGCUGCCCCUGCUCACCCGCUGUGCUCCCCACUUCGCUGCCACAGAGCACUACGCCGCGCUCAUCGACUCCACGCUGCACACCAUCUACAGGCUGUCCAAGGGCCGCUCUCUCACCAAGGCCCAGAGAGACGCUAUUGAGGAAUGUCUGCUGGCCGUCUGCAAGUACCUGCGUCCCUCCAUGCUGCAGCAGCUCCUGCGACGCCUUGUCUUUGACGUGCCCUUGCUGACGGAGUACUGCAAGAUGCCUCUCAGGCUCCUGACCAACCACUACGAGCAAAGCUGGAAGUACUACUGUCUGCCGUCAGGCUGGGGCAGCUACGGCAUGGCCUCAGACGAGGAGCUGCUCCUCACAAAGAAGAUCUUCUGGGGCGUCUUGGAUUCUCUGUCACAGAGGAAGUAUGACGCAGAUCUCUUUAAGAUGGCCAUGCCCUGUUUGAGUGCCAUAUCUGGGGCCUUACCACCUGACUACAUAGACGCCACCAUCAGCACCACCCUGGAGAAGCCUGUGUCUGUGGACGCUCAGGGCAACUUCGACCCCAAACCCAUCAGCACAGCCAACAUAUCUAUUCCAGAGAAACUGGAACACAUUGCCAACAAAUAUGCUGAGCAUUCCCAUGACAAAUGGUCAGCAGAGAAGGUGAUGUUGGGAUGGAAGUACGGGGACUGUAUAGAUGAGAAGGCCAAGACUCACCCUCUGCUCAGGACCUACAAAGGCCUGACAGAGAAGGAGAAGGAGAUCUACAGGUGGCCGGUGAGGGAGACUCUAAAGAGCAUGCUGGCUAUGGGCUGGAACAUCGACAGGACCAAGGAUGGAGAGACCAUGUCCCUACGGGAGAGUGAGAAGAUGCGCAAGAUCUCCCAGUCCUCCUCUCAUGCUAACGGUUUCAACCCGAGUCCAAUAGACACCAUCAAUGUGGUUCUGUCUAGAGAGUUACAGGGCAUGGUAGAGGUUGUGGCUGAGAAUUAUCACAACAUCUGGGCUAAGAAGAAAAAGAAUGACCUUGGAAUUAGAGGUGGGGCAACUCACCCUCUGCUGGUGCCCUAUGACACCCUGACUGCCAAAGAGAAGGCCCGGGACAAAGAGAAGGCCCAGGACCUGUUCCGCUUCCUACAGAUCAAUGGCUACGCCAUCACCAGAGGUCUGAAGGACAUGGAGCAGGACUCUUCCUCCAUGGAGAAGAGGUUUGCCUACAAGUUCCUCAAGAAGCUCCUCAAGUAUGUGAACUCAGCCCAGGAGUUCAUCGCCCACCUUGAGGCCAUGGCUACCAGUGGGAAGACAGACAAGUCGCCUCAUGAGCAAGAAAUCAAGUUUUUUGCCAAAGUCCUCCUCCCUCUGAUAGACCAGUACUUCAAGAACCACUGUCUCUACUUCCUUUCUUCUCCCAGUAAGAACCUGAGCAGCAGCGGCUACGCCUCUAAUAAGGAGAAGGAGAUGGUCACCAGCCUGUUCUGUAAACUGGCAGCUCUUGUCAGACACAGGAUUUCCCUAUUUGGGAAUGACUCCACCACCAUGGUGAGCGUUCUCCACAUCCUGGCCCACACGCUCGACACCAGGACGGUGAUGAAGUCUGGCUCAGAGCUGGUGAAGGCGGGGUUAAGGACGUUCUUUGAGAACGCGGCGGAGGACCUGGAGAAGACCCUUGAGAACCUGAAGCUGGGGAAGUUCACCCACUCCCGCUCACAGAUGAAGGGCGUGUCCCAGAACAUCAACUACACCACGGUGGCCCUGCUACCCAUCCUCACUGCCCUGUUUGAACACAUCACCCAGCACCACUUUGGAGUGGACCUGCUCUUGGAUGAUGUCCAAGUGUCCUGCUAUCGUAUCCUGACCAGCCUCUAUGCGCUCGGGACUGGGAAAAACAUCUAUGUGGAAAGGCAGCUGCCGGCCCUGGGGGAGUGUCUGGCCACCCUGGCAGGCGCCAUGCCUGUGGCCUUCCUGGAGCCCGUGCUCAACAAACACAACCCCUGCUCUGUGUUCAACACCAAGACCGCCAGGGAACGCGCCAUCCUGGGCAUGCCAGAUGCGGUGGAGGAGAUGUGUCCGGAGAUGCCUCAUCUAGACGUCCUGAUGAAGGACAUCAACGACAUGUCUGAGUCUGGGGCGCGCUACACAGAGAUGCCUCACGUCAUUGAGGUGGUGCUGCCCAUGCUGUGUAACUACCUGUCCUGCUGGUGGGAGAAGGGCCCAGAGAACCAGCCGUCUCCACACAGCGGGGGAAGUGUUGGGGGCAGUGUGUUCUCCACCACCGUCACCUCAGAACACCUCAGCCUCAUCCUGGGAAACAUCCUGAAGAUCCUCAACAGCAACCUGGGCAUCGACGAGGCCUCCUGGAUGAAGAGGAUUGCAGUGUACGCCCAGCCCAUCAUCAGUAAGGCCAGGGCUGUUCUGUUGAAGAGUCACUUCCUGCCUACGCUGGAGAAGCUGAAGAAGAAGACAGUGAAGGUGGUGACGGAGGAGGAGCUACUGAAGGCUGACAGUAAGGGAGAUACCCAGGAAGCUGAGCUGCUCAUCCUGGAUGAGUUCGCUGUGCUCUGCAGAGACCUCUACGCCUUCUACCCAAUGCUCAUCCGCUAUGUAGACAACAACAGGUCCAGGUGGCUGAAAGAACCAGACGCUGACUCCAAUGAACUCUUCAGAAUGGUGGCUGAGAUCUUCAUCCUCUGGUGCAAAUCACAUAACUUCAAAAGGGAAGAGCAGAACUUUGUGGUUCAGAAUGAAAUCAACAACCUGUCAUUCCUGACUGGUGACAGCAAGAUCAAGAUGUCAAAGUCAGGGGGUCAGGACCAGGAAAGGAAGCAUAAGAGGAAGCGAGGAGAGUUCUACUCCAUCCAGACCUCCCUGAUCGUGGCUGCCUUGAAGAAGAUGCUGCCCAUCGGACUCAACAUGUGCACCCCCGGGGACCAGGAGCUCAUUUCCCUGGCCAAGACACGCUACCUCCUGAAAGACACAGAUGAUGAAGUGAAGGAGCAUUUGCGACAGAAUCUGCACCUUCAAGAGAAGUCAGAGGACCCUGCAGUGCGGUGGCAGCUGAACCUGUAUAAGGAUGUGAUGGUGAAGAACGAGGGGCCUCCAGACCCUGAGAGGACAGUGUUCCGGGUCCAGAGCAUCUCCGCUGCAGUCUUCCAUCUGGAGCAGGUGGAGCAGCCGUUGAGGUCUAAGAAGUGUGUUUGGCAGAAGCUGCUGUCCAAGCAGAGAAAGCGUGCGGUGGUGGCCUGCUUCCGCAUGGCUCCUCUCUACAACCUGCCCAGGCAUCGCUCUAUUAACCUCUUCCUCCUGGGCUAUCAGAGAAUAUGGAUAGAGACAGAGACGUACUCUUUUGAAGAGAAGCUAGUGCAGGACCUGGCAAAGACCCAACUGAAGGUGGAGGAGGAGGAAGAGGAGGAGGCAGAGAUGCAGCCAGACCCGCUUCAUCAGCUCAUCCUGCAUUUCAGUCACAAUGCGCUCACUGAGCGGAGUUCUUUGGAUGAGGAUCCUUUGUAUAUUGCAUAUGCAGACAUGAUGGCAAAGAGUUGUGCAGAAGAUGAAGAAGAGGAAGAUGAAGAAGGAAAAGAGAAAACGUUUGAGGAAAAAGAGAUGGAGAAACAGAAGACUCUGUACCAGCAGGCCAGGCUGCAUGACAGAGGAGCUGCUGAGAUGCUGUUACAGAUGAUCAGCGCCAGCAAAGGUUCACUUGGGCCCAUGGUGACCUUUACUUUGAAGCUGGGCAUCUCUAUACUCAACGGGGGCAACAUACUGGUUCAGCAGAAAAUGCUAGACUAUCUGAAGGAAAAAAGAGAUGCUGGCUUUUUCAAGAGUUUAUCAGGACUCAUGCAGUCUUGCAGUGUCCUGGAUUUGAAUGCAUUCGAAAGGCAAAACAAAGCAGAAGGUCUUGGGAUGGUGACUGAGGAAGGAUCAAUCAACGUGAGUGAGCGGGGUUCCAAGGUACUGCAGAAUGAUGAGUUCACUAAGGAUCUCUUUAGGUUUCUGCAACUGCUUUGUGAGGGACACAACAAUGACUUCCAAAACUUCCUGCGGACUCAGACAGGGAACACAACCACAGUAAAUAUCAUCAUCAGCACUGUGGACUACCUGCUCCGUCUGCAGGAAUCCAUCAGUGAUUUUUACUGGUACUACUCUGGGAAAGACAUCAUGGAUGAGGCUGGCCAGCGGAACUUCUCCAAAGCCCUGGCUGUGGCCAAGCAGAUCUUCAACUCUCUCACUGAGUACAUACAGGGCCCGUGUAUUGGGAACCAGCAGAGUCUGGCCCACAGCAGGCUAUGGGAUGCAGUGGUGGGCUUCCUGCAUGUGUUUGCCAAUAUGCAGAUGAAGCUCUCACAGGACUCUAGUCAGAUUGACUUAUUGAAGGAGCUGCUGGACCUGCAGAAGGACAUGAUCGUGAUGAUGCUCUCUCUUCUGGAAGGUAAUGUUGUCAACGGAACCAUUGGCAAACAGAUGGUGGACACCCUGGUGGAGUCCUCCAGCAAUGUGGAGAUGAUCCUCAAGUUCUUCGACAUGUUCCUCAAACUCAAAGACCUGACCUCCUCGGACAACUUCAAGGAGUACGACCCGGACAGCAAGGGAGUGAUCUCCAAGAAGGAGUUCCAGAAGUCUAUGGAGAACCAGAAGCAGUACUCCCAGUCGGAGAUCGAGUUCCUGCUCUCCUGCGCCGAGGCUGACGAAAAUGACAUGUUCAACUACGAGGAGUUUGUUGAGCGUUUUCAUGAACCGGCCAAGGACAUUGGUUUUAACGUGGCGGUCCUGCUCACCAACCUAUCAGAACACAUGCCUCACGACGCCCGUCUAGCCACCUUCUUGGACCUGGCCGAGAGCGUGAUUAACUACUUCGAGCCCUACCUGGGCCGCAUCGAGAUCAUGGGCGGGGCCAAGCGCAUCGAGAGGGUCUACUUUGAGAUCAGUGAGUCCAGUCGUACGCAGUGGGAGAAGCCCCAGGUCAAAGAGUCCAAGAGACAGUUCAUCUUCGACGUGGUCAACGAGGGCGGGGAGAGCGAGAAGAUGGAGCUGUUUGUCAACUUCUGUGAGGACACCAUCUUUGAGAUGCAGCUGGCCUCUCAGAUCUCUGAGCCUGACUCAGUGGAGCGUCCCGAGGAGGAUGAGGAGGACAGCCAGAGUGUGGAGGAGGAAGAGGAGGAGGAAGAGGAAGAGAGCAUGAUGGAGUCUCACUCAGCCUUCACCAACUCCUGUGUCUCCAUGCGGAAGAACCUGUCCAGCUUCCGCCAGCUGCUCACCUUCAAGAGCAUGCGGCGGCAGUACAGGAAUUUCAGGAAGAUGAGUCUGAGGGAGAUGGUCCGAGGCUUCUUCUCCUUCUUCUGGAUGAUCAUCACGGGCCUCUUCCGCUUCCUCUACAACCUGGUGUGGGGCUUCUUCCACAUCCUGUGGUCUUCAAUGUUUGGUGGGGGCCUGGUGGAGGGGGCCAAGAACAUGAAGGUCACAGACAUCCUGGGGAACAUGCCAGACCCCACACAGUUUGGUAUCCAUGGCGACGUGCUGGAGGCAGAGAAGAUGGAGGCGAGCGAGGCGUUGUCGGUGGCAGAGAUGGGCAAGAUGGCCCAGGGGGACAAGGCAGAGGCCGACCUGAUGGCUGAGCUGCUCAACAUCCAAACCAAGAGCCAGGGGGGCAAGCACGCAGCCGAGCCAGGUCUGGGGGACAUGGGUGAGGUGGUGGGGGUUGACGCCCCCUCUUUAGCCAGCGCCGUCAAACAGAAGAAGGCCAAGGAGGCUGCUACUAAGGAGCCUGCCAAUGGAGAUCACGAAGCCGAACCAGAGAAGGCAGACCCAGAGGACGAGGAGAAGAAGGACAAGGACAAAGCGGAGACUCCACCUGAGCCCCCACCAGAAGAGGAGAAGAAGGCCCCCAAGAAGAGACCGGGACUGAAGAAAGAGCCCCCAGAGGCAUUCAUGGCCAGAUUCUUCUCUGGCCUGGAGAUCUACCAGACCAAGAUGUUGAACUAUCUGGCCAGAAACUUCUACAACCUGCGUUUCUUGGCGUUGUUCGUUGCUUUCGCCAUCAACUUUAUUCUGCUCUUCUACAAAGUGACUGGUGAUGACGGGGAUGACAAUGAUCCAGACCCCUGGAACGGUGGUGGAGGUACUGAUGAAGAGGAGGAUGAAGGUGGGAUGGAGUAUUUUGUCCUCCAGGAGAGCACAGGCUACAUGGCACCUACCCUACGCUUCCUGGCCAUACUACACACAGUCAUCUCUUUCCUGUGUGUGGUGGGAUACUACUACCUGAAGGUGCCCCUGACGGUGUUCAAGAGGGAGAAGGAGAUCGCCAGGAAGCUGGAGUUUGACGGCCUCUACAUCACAGAGCAGCCGUCAGACGAUGACAUCAAAGGACAGUGGGACCGCCUUGUCAUUAACACCCCUUCCUUCCCUAAUAACUACUGGGACAAGUUUGUGAAACGCAAGGUGAUCAAUAAGUAUGGAGAUCUGUAUGGAGCAGAGAGGAUAGCAGAGCUGCUGGGGCUGGAUAAGAGUGCUCUGGACUUCAACCCCACAGAGGAGACAGUGGUGAAGGAGGCAUCGCUGGUGUCCUGGUUGAGCUCUGUCGACACCAAGUACCAAUGCUGGAAAAUGGGUGUGGUGUUUACAGACAAUUCGUUCCUGUACCUGGUGUGGUACACCACCAUGUCCAUCCUGGGUCACUACAACAACUUCUUCUUUGCUGCCCAUCUGCUGGACAUCGCCAUGGGCUUCAAGACCCUCCGGACCAUACUGUCCUCAGUCACCCACAAUGGCAAACAGCUGGUUCUGACUGUAGGUCUACUGGCGGUGGUGGUCUAUCUGUACACUGUGGUGGCCUUCAAUUUCUUCCGCAAGUUCUACAACAAGAGUGAGGAUGAGAACCUGCCGGACAUGAAGUGUGACGACAUGAUGACUUGCUACCUGUUUCACAUGUAUGUUGGUGUGAGGGCAGGGGGUGGCAUCGGAGAUGAGAUCGAGGACCCUGCGGGCGACCCGUACGAGCUCUACCGCAUCCUCUUCGACAUCACCUUCUUCUUCUUUGUCAUCGUCAUCCUGCUGGCCAUCAUCCAGGGUCUGAUAAUUGAUGCUUUUGGAGAGCUGAGAGACCAACAGGAGCAAGUGAAAGAGGAUAUGGAGACCAAAUGUUUCAUCUGUGGCAUCGGUAAUGACUACUUUGACACGACGCCUCACGGCUUUGAGACACACACCUUACAAGAGCACAACUUGGCCAACUACCUGUUUUUCCUGAUGUACCUUAUCAACAAAGAUGAAACAGAACACACUGGCCAGGAGUCAUACGUGUGGAAGAUGUACCAGGAGAGGCAAUGGGACUUUUUCCCUGCUGGAGACUGUUUCAGAAAGCAGUAUGAGGAUCAGCUUGGAUAGAGCUGACAGACAGGAUUGCAGUCCUACAGAGAGCCACUCCAGGUCCACUCCCACUUCCUCUUAACAGCUGAGGACGGUUGGUAACCAUUCACCGCCUAUUGCCUCCUCGAAAUGUGUGAGACUUACUAGAGGAGAGGGGAGAUGCUAUCUUUCGUAUAACGGAAUAACCAGUUUCACAUCAACAUCAAAUGUACCUGUACAUGUUACCUUUGGUACAGUGCCAACCUCCAAGAGAGUGACUUUAUUUCAACCUGCCCAGACAUUUGAUUUCAGUUUGGUACUAUUUUUUCAUUGUUUUUUGACAACGUGUUGCCUUUUCCUCCACAUAACCCCAAACCAUUGCACAAAUGUUUGUCUUUUUGAGAAACACUGGGUUGUGUGGGGUUAUGGGACAACGUGUGAGUCUGGGCCCAUCCUAAUAUGCACAAGAAUACUACUUCAAUAUUUCAAGAAUGUUGAAAAUUAAAAUGACACUUAUGCCAAAAGAUAGGGGGAAUAGAUUUAUACAGAGAGCAAAUGUGAUUUAAGAAAGUUUUUUAAAUGUUGUUACAGUAACGUGCAUGCAGAGAUUAAGUAUUGAAUAUAGAGGACUUGACCAGGUGAAGGGUUUUAGUAUAUGAUGAAGUGCCUUAUCUACAUUACGACAGAGCUAUGCAAAACUGUGUGUUUUUCUUUCUGAGAUGGAAGUGCAGUAGUUUUCCUGGAUAGCUGUUCAGAGUCAUUCAUUAGUUUGUGGCUUAUGUUUUUCAUUUGAAAAAGUAUGAACAGUGUUGAGUUUUUUGCCAACUGCAGCAUCCUAACUGCAAAUGUACAUGGUACAAAGAGCUUAAAUGACACACGUCUAAGUAUAUCACAUGUCAGAAUUUAUUAAACACCAAAAAAAAAAAAAAUGCUAUUGUAUGGCCAUUUGUAUGUAGUAACGUUGCUGAACCGUGCAUUUUUUCUGAAGAAAAAUAAAUAAAGAAAUGAAUGCAAUUAA